AUGUCUGAUUUUCAGCUAGAAAUUCUGUUGAAAUUGAAUGAAUUGGGAACAAUUGGAUCAACGCUCGAAGCGUUCCCUAAGGUUGACCCCCAAGCUGUCCUGUCUGCCCUUAACUCGCUCAAGGCGCAUGCAAAACUAGACUACACGAAACAAGAUAGAACUUAUUACACUUUAACCAAAGAAGGUGAUGAAAUCGUUUCCAAAGGCUCUCACGAGAUGAGACUACUUCAGUUGGUGAACAAGUUCAGCAAACUACAAAUCAAAGAUGUUGCCAGUCAUAUGGGCGCUGACGGAAAGAUCGGACAGGCCAAAGCGUUCAAAAACGGGUGGAUUUCCAAAAACAAAGACAACGAAUUGACUGUGAGCGACAAAAUUUCAUCUAUCGAUGCUGUCGUUGAUGAAACCAAAAACGUUCUUCUGCAGAUCCAAAAUGGCCAGUACGAGUCAGUGGACGAAAAGACACUCAAUGACUUGAAAAAGCGUAAGCUCAUUGCGGUGAAGAAAGAAACGUCUUUCAGUGUGACCAAGGGCCCCGAUUUCUCGACAGAGCUCACCAAACUCGAAACAGACUUGACCGCCGACAUGGUGGCCUCCAGCACUUACAAAGACCUCAAGUUCAAGCCAUACAAUUUCAACUCGGAGGGUAUCUUGCCCGAGUCGGGUGCUCUGCAUCCUCUGUCCAAGGUACGGGAAGAAUUCAGACAGAUUUUCUUCUCUAUGGGAUUCAAGGAAAUGCCUUCCAAUCAAUACGUGGACACUGGGUUCUGGAAUUUUGACGCUCUGUUUGUCCCACAGCAGCACCCUGCCCGUGAUUUGCAAGAUACGUUUUACUUGAAAGAUCCUCUGCAGAGUGAUUUGCCUGACGACAAAGAAUAUCUGGAAAACAUCAAGGCCGUUCACGAACAGGGCAAAUACGACUCGAUCGGGUAUCGUUACAACUGGAAACCCGAGGAGUCGCAGAGGCUUGUUUUGAGAACUCACACCACUGCUAUUUCCGCACACAUGUUGAAGAAGUUGGCAGAAGACCCCAAGCCUACAAGACUUUUCUCGAUCGACAGAGUGUUCCGUAACGAAGCUGUGGACGCUACUCAUUUGGCCGAAUUUCACCAAGUGGAAGGUGUGCUUGCCGACUACAAUAUCACGCUGGGUGAUCUAAUUCAGUUUAUGGAAGGAUUUUUUGAAAAGAUGGGUGUUACGGGUCUGCGUUUCAAGCCCACGUACAACCCAUACACGGAGCCAUCCAUGGAGAUUUUCUCGUGGCAUGAAGGUUUGGGCAAAUGGGUUGAGAUUGGUAACUCGGGUAUGUUUAGACCUGAAAUGCUUGAACCUAUGGGGCUGCCACCCAACAUGCGGGUGUUGGGAUGGGGGUUGUCUUUGGAAAGACCUACCAUGAUCAAAUACGGUGUGCAAAACAUCAGAGAGCUUUUGGGCCACAAGGUUUCGCUCGAUUUCAUCGAAACCAACCCAGCUGCCAGACUUGACGAGGAUCUAUACGAAUAA